AUGUCGGACCACGGAAAAUGGCACGCCAUCUGCAAGUCUAAACAGAAACGCAGAGACGAAGCGAUACCACAAGCCUGGAGACUGGGAAUCUCAGACCAAUCAAAGGACAGAAAUGUCAUGGAUGUGCCCACAUCAUGCGGCAUCUUGUCGCCGGAAGAGGUCCGCAUAACUUCUGACUACGAUGCUGUCAGCUUGGUCGAAGAGGUGGCAAAGGGCAGGUACACGGCGGAGGCGGUCACUGUCGCGUUCUGCAAGCGUGCUGCUAUUGCACAUCAACUGACCAACUGUUUGACGGAAAUAUUCUUUGAUGAGGCCAUCAAGGAUGCCAAGGCCCUGGACAAGGAAAGACUGGAACACCCGGACAGACCUCUCCGCCCAUUUCACGGGUUGCCCAUCUCCCUCAAAGACUCGUUCUUCGUACGGGGUCACGAUGCUACCAUAGGCCUGGCGUGCUUCGCGAACGAUCCCGCCCAGCAAGACGCACCUCUGGUGUCCAUGCUCCGGGAUCUGGGAGCCAUCGUUUACUGCAAAACGAAUGUUCCCCAGACACUACAGACCUCUGACACCGACAACAACGUUUUCGGCCGCACCGCAAACCCGCACCGUCAUUCCUUUACGGUUGCCGGGUCUACCGGCGGCGAAGCGGCUUUGAUAGCGCUCCGGGGGUCAAUCCUCGGCGUAGGAACCGACAUGGCGGGGAGCAUCCGCAUGCCGUCCGCGGCCUGCGGCAUCUACGGCGUCCGCCCCAGCGCCUUCAUUGUCCCCUUCGGCGGGCAGAGAAACCCGGUUCCGGACGGCAUGGUGGGCAUGGAACCUACCGCGGGCCCAAUGGCAACUACCAUGCGCUCAUGCCAAUUUUUCCUGCGCACAAUCAUGGCAGCGGAUCCAACAAAGUACGACUUCACAGCCGUGGGUCUGCCCUGGAUGGGCAAGGAUUUCGUGCCGUCGGGGCGUAAGCUGCGGAUUGGGUACGUGGUAGACGACGGCGUCUUCACGCCCUCUCCGCCUGUCCGGCGCGGCCUGCACGAGAGCAUGGGUAAACUGGAGAAUGCGGGCCAUACCAUCAUUCCCGUUGCACUCCCUGAAGUUGCCAAAGCCGUCGAUCUUGCAUAUACCAUGUUUGGAAUCGAUGGUGGAGAGUACCUCCUCAAGCGCAUGGAGUCGACUGGUGAGCCAGUUGUACCAUCCGUCCUGAACAUGGGCAUUGUCUUCAACAGUGACGGAAGUCUGCGCUCGCCCGUCACGAUGAGCGGUUUGAUGCGAGCCAACGUCUCAAGGUUCCUGAUAGCGGCGCUCUAUGCCGAGCUUUGGCGCCAGCAUGAACUGGACAUUAUCCUCAUGCCUGCUGCACCACACACGGCGAUACCGGCGGAUACGUGGACUGCAUUAUCGUACACAGUGCUGUGGAAUGUCUUAGAUUAUCCCGCAUGCGUCAUACCGGUGGGCAAGGUGGGCCCGGGCGAUUUGAAGGACCACGCUGCAGGGCACGGAGCUGCAGACGAAGCCGUAUACAAGCUGUACACUGGUCCGGAGGAGUAUGCAAACUUGCCUAUAACAGUGCAGUUGGUUGGAAAGAGGCACCAUGAUGAGGAGUUCACCGCCUAUGCAAUGCUUGUAGAUAGUAUCAUACGCGCGUAG